UUUCUAGUCGUGGCCGCCGAUGUAAAGGGGCUUCGUCGAAAUGCUGCGCGGCGAUUGGACGGCAGCCCCCUCUUUCUUUCCCGAUUGGCGGGGUUGCGAAGUGUCUUUCCCAUUGGGUGUUUUGGAAGAGACGCAUGAGGCAGCCAAUCAGGAGCCGCUCGCCCCAUCCCCGUGAGGGAAUAAAAGGCCAGCAACGAGAGAAAAUAGAUAUUGUUACAUUUCGUUUUUGUGAGCAGAGUUUGAGCAAGUCGUUGUCAUGUCUGGCCGCGGAAAGCAAGGUGGGAAAGUGCGAGCUAAGGCCAAGUCUCGUUCGUCUCGUGCGGGGCUGCAGUUUCCUGUAGGCCGUGUGCACCGGCUGCUGCGCAAGGGGAACUAUGCGGAGCGAGUGGGUGCUGGCGCCCCCGUUUACAUGGCUGCAGUGCUGGAGUAUCUGACUGCUGAAAUCCUGGAGCUGGCUGGCAACGCCGCCCGCGACAACAAGAAAACCCGCAUCAUCCCCCGCCACUUGCAGCUGGCUAUCCGCAACGACGAGGAGCUGAACAAGCUGCUGGGCAAAGUCACCAUCGCCCAGGGAGGGGUCCUGCCCAACAUCCAGGCGGUGCUGCUGCCCAAGAAAACCGAGAGCCAUAAGGCUAAGGGCAAGUGAGGCUGCUGCGUCCCCUGGGGGAGAAGUUUCCCCGCGACUCGAUCUGCGUGAACCCAAAGGCUCUUUUAAGAGCCACCCACAAAUCCCUAAAAAGAGCUUGUCAGUCCCUUAUAGUUCCUAGGAAGUCUGUACUAGACUAUAGAGCUGUGAUACUGAAAUGGGAUGCUUAGUGUCCGUGGUGUAAACGGAACAAAGCAGUCGGUCCCAAUUCAUACAGGGCGAAAAGAAAAUAGAUAUCCAUGAAAUCCGGCAAAGAUAGAGGUUUCGUUUUAAGAGUUUGAGGGGGUAGAUGAAAGCUGUGAAUUUGUUUUUCUCUCCCAGGUUGUGAGGUCAAGAGCUGGAGCUGUCCCAUGAGUGAGAAGGCCAACAAUGUUAAGAGUAAAUGAAUGGGACAGGAGACCCCUCAUUUCUGUCUUUAGUGAAACACCCUUGUCCUUUGGCCUGGCUCGCAAUGAGCUGCAGCCGGCUGGAGAAGAAAGGAAACAUUUUGUUUCCAAGGGCGGAUCUUUUCAGACCUCCCGCCACGCACGCAUCCCCUCCGUUCUCAUUCAGCAGCCACAAAGCGAAUUCACUCCUUAGAAAACGUGCCCCUUUGGGGGGAGGGAGAAGAUCAGAGAUGCUAAAAGCCAUGCAAAGGGUCACACAAAGCAGCGUCUCUGGCAUAGAAUCCAGAUGUCGGGACAUGUGCUUUAAUCAUUAGAUCAUAACACCUCCCCCCCCGCACCCAACAACCACCCAGAUCCUGCUUCUACGGGCGCCAAUGAAGCGGGGGAUCAGGACAGAACAAACCAUGUGGUUAGGAAUAAGAGCUUCCCACCUGCCCCAUAGUCUAGCUUGCCUUUCGCUAGAGCCUAUAUCAAAGCCCCCGACCCUGUACUUAGGACUUCAUAUCAUAUGUUGCCAUGGAAAUUAUUGUGAUCCUCAUACCCUUGAAAAAUUCAGACUUAUGGAUCAUAUUCUCCUGUGGAUCUUGCUUUCAUUCAGUGUUUCAUUCACUCGGUGUUUAUAACAUCGAGCCGGAGGGGCGGGAAGUGCAUUCAGAGGAGAGGCACAGAUUCAAAUGCAAGCCGGAGGUUUGUUUCUAGGUGGAGUUGCAGAGGGGAAAACUGCCCCCCCGGUGUGGGGCCGACAGAAACGUUCUGCACACGUGGCUCACGUUGGGAGUCGCAGUUUGAGUCUUUGCUGCCACUGCAUGGGCAGAGGGGAGCCCGGGGCCCGUUGCGGGGCCGGGGUCCCCCUGCACGGUGCACGAGCCGCUGACUCACCCCACCCCCCUUUAGCGCCGACACCCCGAAUUUAGCAGCAGAGA